CGACGGCUGCGACCCUUCGCGACGACGGCGCUGUGGCGGGCUCGGCUCGGAGUCUCGGGCUGCGGCUUCGCGUCUUCUGCUCGCCGCCAUGAACAAGAAGAAGAAGCCGUUCCUGGGCAUGCCCGCCCCGCUCGGCUACGUGCCGGGGCUGGGCCGGGGGGCUACCGGCUUCACCACCCGGUCGGACAUCGGACCUGCCCGGGAUGCCAACGACCCCGUGGACGAUCGCCAUGCACCCCCCGGCAAGAGGACCGUUGGGGACCAGAUGAAGAAGAAUCAGGCUGCCGACGAUGACGACGAGGACCUGAACGACACCAACUACGAUGAGUUCAACGGCUACGCCGGCAGCCUCUUCUCCAGCGGGCCCUACGAGAAGGACGAUGAGGAGGCGGACGCCAUCUACGCAGCGCUGGACAAGAGGAUGGACGAGAGGAGGAAGGAGAGAAGGGAACAGAGAGAAAAAGAAGAAAUUGAGAAGUACCGCAUGGAGCGCCCCAAAAUCCAGCAACAGUUCUCAGAUCUCAAAAGGAAGUUGGCAGAAGUCACAGAAGAAGAGUGGCUGAGCAUCCCUGAGGUUGGCGACGCCAGGAACAAGCGACAGCGGAGCCCGCGCUACGAGAAACUGACCCCUGUCCCCGACAGUUUCUUCGCCAAACAUUUACAGACUGGAGAGAGCCACACCUCAGUGGAUCCUCGACAAACUCAAUUUGGAGGUCUUAACACACCCUACCCAGGGGGGCUGAACACCCCAUACCCAGGGGGCAUGACACCGGGACUCAUGACACCUGGCACAGGAGAGCUGGACAUGAGGAAGAUUGGCCAGGCCCGGAACACCCUGAUGGACAUGAGGCUCAGCCAGGUAUCUGACUCAGUGAGUGGACAGACUGUAGUUGACCCCAAAGGGUACCUGACGGAUUUAAAUUCUAUGAUCCCAACCCACGGAGGGGACAUCAAUGAUAUCAAGAAGGCUCGACUGCUGCUCAAGUCUGUUCGGGAGACAAACCCUCACCACCCGCCAGCCUGGAUCGCAUCAGCCCGCCUGGAGGAAGUCACCGGGAAGCUGCAGGUGGCUCGAAACCUCAUCAUGAAGGGGACGGAGAUGUGCCCCAAGAGUGAAGACGUCUGGUUAGAGGCAGCCAGGCUGCAGCCCGGGGACACAGCCAAGGCCGUGGUGGCCCAAGCUGUGCGUCAUCUCCCACAGUCUGUCAGGAUCUACAUCAGAGCAGCAGAGCUGGAGACAGACAUCCGCGCGAAGAAGCGAGUCCUUCGGAAGGCCCUUGAGCACGUUCCCAACUCAGUCCGUCUGUGGAAGGCAGCUGUGGAGCUGGAGGAGCCGGAGGACGCCAGGAUCAUGCUCAGCCGGGCGGUGGAGUGCUGCCCCACCAGCGUGGAGCUCUGGCUUGCGCUGGCGAGGCUGGAGACCUACGAGAAUGCCCGCAAGGUGUUAAACAAAGCCCGUGAGAACAUUCCUACAGACCGCCACAUCUGGGUCACUGCCGCCAAGCUGGAGGAGGCCAACGGGAACACGCAGAUGGUGGAGAAGAUCAUCGACCGAGCCAUCACCUCACUGCGGGCCAAUGGCGUGGAGAUCAACCGCGAGCAGUGGAUCCAGGACGCCGAGGAGUGUGACCGAGCCGGCAGUGUGGCCACCUGCCAGGCAGUCAUGCGCGCCGUGAUUGGCAUUGGCAUUGAGGAGGAAGACCGGAAGCACACCUGGAUGGAAGACGCCGACAGUUGUGUGGCCCACAAUGCCCUGGAGUGUGCACGUGCCAUCUACGCCUACGCCCUGCAGGUGUUCCCCAGCAAGAAGAGCGUGUGGCUCCGAGCUGCCUACUUUGAGAAGAACCAUGGCACCAGGGAGUCUCUGGAAGCGCUGCUGCAGAGGGCCGUGGCCCACUGCCCCAAGGCAGAGGUGCUGUGGCUCAUGGGCGCCAAGUCCAAGUGGCUGGCGGGGGAUGUGCCCGCGGCAAGGAGCAUCUUGGCUCUGGCCUUCCAGGCCAACCCCAACAGCGAGGAGAUCUGGCUGGCGGCCGUGAAGCUGGAGUCGGAGAACAACGAGUAUGAGCGGGCCCGCAGGCUGCUGGCCAAGGCCCGGAGCAGCGCACCCACGGCCCGGGUGUUCAUGAAGUCCGUGAAGCUGGAGUGGGUGCUGGGGGACACCGCGGCCGCCCAGGAGCUGAGCGAGGAGGCCCUGCGGCACUACGAGGACUUCGCCAAGCUCUGGAUGAUGACCGGGCAGAUGCAGGAGCAGCAGGGGCUGACGGAGAAGGCUCGGGACGCCUACACCCAGGGGUUGAAGAAGUGUCCCCACUCCACACCACUGUGGCUUUUGCUCUCCCGGCUGGAGGAGAAGAUUGGGCAGCUGACCCGAGCGCGGGCCAUUCUGGAAAAGUCUCGUCUGAAGAAUCCCAAGAACCCUGGGCUGUGGUUGGAGUCGGUGCGGCUGGAGUACCGGGCGGGACUGAAGAACAUUGCCAACACGCUCAUGGCCAAAGCACUACAGGAGUGCCCCAACUCCGGUGUGCUGUGGUCUGAGGCCAUCUUCCUCGAGGCGAGGCCCCAGAGGAAGACCAAGAGUGUGGAUGCCCUGAAGAAGUGUGAGCACGACCCCCAUGUGCUCCUGGCCGUGGCCAAGCUGUUCUGGAGCGAGCGGAAGAUCACCAAGGCCAGGGAGUGGUUCCACCGCACCGUGAAGAUCGACUCGGACCUGGGCGACGCCUGGGCCUUCUUCUACAAGUUCGAGCUGCAGCACGGCACUGAGGAGCAGCAGGAGGAGGUGAAGAAGCGCUGUGAGAACGCGGAGCCCCGGCACGGGGAGCUGUGGUGUGCCGUGUCCAAGGACAUCGCCAACUGGCAGAGGAAGAUCGGGGAGAUCCUGGUGCUGGUGGCUGCCCGCAUCAAGAACACCUUCUGACCCUGCUGCUCCCACAGGCUCCCGGCGAGGCGGGGCGGCCUGGCUGUCCUCAUUAAAGGGGUUCCUGCGAGUUCUUCCCUGGGUUGUGCUGUCAC